UUCAAUUCCAAAUUAUUUUAAUUACAUUGAUUUUAUAUAAAUUCGCCAGCCUCCCUUCAUUUCCUCCCCACUUCCUUAUUCUUUCUCCCCCAUUUUUAUUCCUCGUGUCUUAAAUCUAAGCUACGCAAGAAUCUGUUCUUCUUAAGUUCUCUUGUUCUUCGCUUUAAUUGAUUCGAAAUAUGUCGAAUACCUCUACGAUUGAUGAUUCUGGAAGAAUUUCCGGCCAAAAGAUGAGUUUCUCACAAGCUUGUAAUCUUUUAAGUAAUUAUGUUAAGGAAAAACGUGCUCUAGGAAUUUCUGGGAAUAUGGAUAAUCGAGGACGUGCAACUAUGAAUUUGUUUCCAGUGGGGGAGAAGCAAGUUUCUGAAGAUUCAAAUGCAUGUGUUGGGAAAACUAUUAAUCUGUUUCCUCAACUUUCCGGGCUCAAUUCUGGUGUGAACAAGCAUGCUAGCCCUGAGCCUCCGAUUCCCCAAAUGACCAUCUUCUAUGGAGGGCAAGUAUUAGUCUUUAAUGACUUGCCUACCGACAAGGCAAAGGAAGUCAUGGAUCUCGCUACCAGCUUUGAUGCUAGCCACAAGAAGAGGAAAAUCGAAACUACCAAUUCGACUUCCCCUAGCCCCGUUGAUGUCCCUGUCUCGGGCCAAAACACCAAACCAACCCUGAAUCCAGUCCUAAUUCCAACCCACAACACAAAGCAGAACUUGAGUGUUGCACCUAAAUUUGCAAACAACAUCGCUCCACCUGCUGUCCCUAGUGUGUCUGAUCUGCCUAUUGCUAGGAAGGCUUCACUUCACCGUUUCCUCGAGAAGAGAAAAGAUAGGCUUAUAGCUAAACUCCCCUCCGAUGCUACCAAAGAAGGCGUACAGAAGCCGGUUGAGGCCAAGGCAGCAUGGCUUGGACUGAAUUCUAUUCAAGACUUCCUGAUUCAGAGGCAACAACCGUAGUCCUAGCCUCUUGUUAUUUAUGAAUACUCCUAUUAUAUAACCGAUGACAUUAUUAGCUGUAGUGUGUAUGUUUGGCGGCUUCUGGCUUCAUGAAGCCUCUGUUUUAAGUUAGAGUUGGCAUUUUUGUGAAUCUUGCUAGCUUUUGUAAUUAUUUUAAGCUAGUUUGAGUUUAUUUCUAAGUUGAAAUAUAUGAUAAAUAUUAGUACUUGUAUGUUA